AUGGCAUCACGGCUACCAUUCGAGAUGCUUUUUCAAAUCGCUGAUCUUUUAGAGACAAAAGACAAGCUCUCUUGUGCUCUCACUUGUAAGAACUGGAGAUAUCCAUUUCAAAAAAGCAUUUGGAGAAACGUUCGGGUCGAAACCCUGUUACAGUUCAAAGCUAUUUGCAAUAUCAUCGAGAACCCAAAACGUAUUCCUACACCACUCGGCCAAUCAGUACUCACUCUACAAAUAAGCCCAAAUGUCUCCAUACCACGUAUACACCAAGACGUAUUUUUUAAAUUCUUACCAAACUUGAAGCACCUUGAUCUUGGACGGACCCGUUGCGAGGACAUCCACAAAGAGAUGGCAAAGUGUAAUGGUACAUGGAAGUCGCUCGAAAGUUUGACAAUCCAGAUCACCUAUAAUGAAAUAGCAAAAUCGACGGGAAAAUUCAUUGAACUAUUGACAAAUUGUCACAAGCUCCAGAAAUUAAGAAUAUUUAAACAGGGCAUCUAUCAACCAGUUGUGUUUAAUGCAAAGGACUUUGACAAUCUCCACCAGAAAUUGCAGCAGUUGACGUCCUUCGAUGCUUGUAUAUCUCUCAGUAAUGACUCGGAAACAGAACAGCAUAUAAGAUUAGGCACUGUACCCGUACUUGCUUUGACUACCCUUGAGCUAAGGAUGUGUGAGUGGAAUGUUUUGUGGGCGUACCAUUUUGCCCACAAGUACCCAAACUUGCGCUUCAUCAGAUGGAAUACUAUAAAUGCGCAGUACUAUAGAAUAUCUCCAAAUCGCACGCAACGAAGCCCACAUAUUUUGGAUUUCAAUACAGGUGUACUCCAACAUUUGGAAACGUUCGAGUUCACCACUAGUGACGUCUUAGAAACGGAACAUCAUGCUUUCUGGGGAUUUCUUUGCUCAUUAAGAAUUCCUAUCAAAAACUUAAAGUACGAGACGAAAUCCGACAAGGUCAAUAGACUAUUCUUUAAAACGAUCAUUAAGCAGUUUAUGGAGUUUUUUUAUGAGACACUCGAGACUCUUUCAGUCAAAGGAGAUAUAUUCUACAGGAGUAUGCUUAAUUCAAGACUGGAAAUACCCUCUUACUGCCCAUUGUUGGUGGAUUUUGAAAUUAACUCAUGUAAUGUGGCUAUUGAGUUGAGAAGCCUUCUUGACAAUUGUGUUGCCCUGAAACGACUGAGGUUUUCCAAUGGAGCAUUUGUACUUUAUUCAGAGCCCAUGAUAAUCCGACAUACAGACCUGAAAAACCAUCAGCAUGGAUUACAGACUUUGGAAUUAAACCAGGUUUCUGCAAGCUUCGAUAUGGUUAACUAUAUUUCUUCCAGGUGCAAGAGCCUCAAAUAUAUGAGCUUGGAAAGUACAUGUAUAUCUGGAUUUAUUUCUGGAAAAGACAUGUCCAUGUUUCUCGACAUGUCUCACAUCUCCUUCAAGAUACUACACCUAGCAAAUGUCAGAUUUACAGCAUUCAAUGUGGACAAGAACGAAAAUACCAAUGUCAACUUAUUGGUCUUGUCUCAAUUGGACAACUCUCUCUCAUCAUAUAAGAAAAAUGAAAAUACGGAUUCAAAAUAUACUCUAGUAGAACGUCGCUUUCAGCAUUUAGCUUGGUUUCACAUCUUUACUGAUCAUGACGACGACAUGAGCUAUAAAAAGGGUCUCAAUAAAAUUCCAGAGCAAGAAGCUAAUACCAUUUCAGAAUACUUUCGAUAUACUGACCCCAAGAGACGUACCGAAAAGUUUAAAGCUGAUAUAUUAUCGAAUAAAUAUGAUGUCAUAGAAGAAUUUAAAAGUGAUCUUUGUAAAGGUUAUAUCGAAUUGAGAUGCAAACACAUAGAGAAGAUAGUCUUACAAACACAAAGAGCGGACAUCAUUGACCAGAUUCAGCGCAGAUUCGACUCUCUUUUCCACAACCAAACUGCACCUCCUCCCAUCCACAGACCACAUGCUGUGCGAAACCAGCACAUCAGCAACUUGGGCGCAGUGCAAGGAUUCUCGUAUAGGCGUAAUACUAAUCUUGAACACCUCCUAGCCGAAAGGUUACUCUCUCAGCUUCUUCUAGAAACCGAAUAUGUUGACGGGAACGUUAACAAGUCUGAAGUAUAUACCUCAACACUGUACACGCAGUUUACAGAAGUGGGAACCGAGAUUAACGCACAGUGGCGAGAAGCAGGUGAAGGGUCCAAUAACUAUUUCUAUCUCUGCCUGAAGGAGCUCAGACAGGAACAGUACAUACACCCACUUUGGGAUGGCAACAGACUGAUUCAUUCUCCAGGAAACAUGAAAAUGCGCUCAAGAAGUAUAUUUGGACUCACAAUGACGGAUAACAUGGAAGCUAUCAAACGAAAUCCUCAUAGCAGCCCUGGAAACCGAGUUCUACGACAAGGCGCUCUACUUUCUCGAUUGCUUUUUAACCCAGCUCUCGAUCCAUUACUCCGUACAAUUCUGGCCAAUAUUGCUAUUCCCAGGUUUGCCCUUUCCUAUAGCUUUCCAUCUCAGUCUCUCUUCCUGGGUCAGAGCAAUCACACUGAGCUACUCGCUUUAAAGAUCAAGGUAUCACCUCUUGGAACGACAAAAAAAAUACAAUCCGUCAUAUACCUGGAGUUCUCCCUCACUAACCCCAAGAAACAGCUGUCCAUGGCCUUUGUCGACAUUCUCAUUAAGAUUCGCACCCAUGUACAGCUCCUUUCACAGCGCAAUUUUUCAGUACUAGGACGAGGAUUGAUUGUAAAUCCAUUACUUCUGCGUUGUGUCUGGCAUUUUAUUCGUGUUAUAGCACCAACAGCGGUUUGUCUAGCUAAAUGCUUUAACUGA